UUGCGUGGGACUGCUGAGUGUGAGGGGGCCGCAGCCUACGCAACCGCCUGCCGUACCGCGUGGGGACGGCCACUCUCGGAACCUUCGCCUCCGGCCCACGCUCCCGCGCGGACCUCCCCACUCCGUCCACCCUUCCAUUAUUUCUUCUCCGUUUUUUGACCCCCUCAGGUGAGCGGGGCCUCUCGACUCAGCCUCCCUACCGUGACGUAACCUGGGAGAGGGCCGCCCCGCCCGCGGUGUGACGUCAUCACGUCGCGCGGCUGCCGAGCCCGGAGCCUGGAGUACCACAGAGACUGCUCCGCAGCGGCUGGUCCGGGCGGCGGCGGUGGCGCUCCGGCUGCUCAGCCGCCUGUGAGCACCCUGUCCAGCCCAUCGGCUCGGGCGGCCACAGAGCCCAGUGCUUGAUGGGCGGCAUUAUGGCCCCUAAAGACAUAAUGACAAACACUCACGCCAAGUCCAUCCUCAACUCAAUGAACUCCCUCAGGAAGAGCAGCACCCUUUGUGAUGUGACACUGAGGGUGGAGCAGAAAGACUUCCCUGCCCAUCGGAUUGUGCUGGCUGCUUGCAGUGACUAUUUCUGUGCCAUGUUCACUAGUGAGCUUUCAGAGAAGGGGAAGCCAUAUGUUGACAUUCAAGGGUUAACUGCUUCUACCAUGGAAAUCCUGUUGGACUUUGUGUACACAGAAACAGUACAUGUGACAGUGGAGAAUGUUCAAGAACUGCUCCCUGCAGCCUGUCUACUUCAGCUGAAAGGUGUGAAACAAGCCUGCUGUGAGUUCUUAGAAAGUCAGUUGGACCCUUCUAAUUGCCUGGGUAUCAGGGAUUUUGCUGAAACUCACAAUUGCGUUGACCUGAUGCAAGCAGCUGAGGUUUUUAGCCAGAAGCAUUUUCCUGAAGUGGUACAGCAUGAAGAGUUCAUUCUGCUGAGUCAAGGAGAGGUGGAAAAGCUAAUCAAGUGCGAUGAAAUUCAGGUGGAUUCGGAAGAGCCAGUCUUUGAGGCCGUCAUCAACUGGGUGAAGCAUGCCAAGAAGGAGCGAGAAGAAUCCUUGCCUGACCUCCUACAGUAUGUUCGGAUGCCCCUGCUGACCCCCAGGUACAUUACUGAUGUGAUAGAUGCUGAGCCUUUCAUCCGCUGUAGUUUACAGUGCAGGGAUCUAGUUGAUGAAGCAAAGAAAUUUCACCUGAGGCCUGAACUCCGGAGUCAGAUGCAAGGACCCAGGACAAGAGCCCGUCUAGGAGCCAAUGAGGUGCUUCUGGUGGUUGGGGGCUUCGGAAGCCAGCAGUCUCCCAUUGAUGUGGUAGAGAAAUAUGACCCCAAGACACAGGAGUGGAGCUUUUUGCCAAGCAUCACUCGGAAAAGACGGUAUGUGGCCUCAGUGUCCUUGCAUGAUCGGAUCUAUGUAAUUGGUGGGUACGAUGGCCGUUCCCGCCUCAGCUCAGUGGAAUGUCUAGACUACACAGCAGAUGAAGAUGGAGUCUGGUAUUCUGUGGCCCCUAUGAAUGUGCGACGAGGCCUUGCUGGAGCUACCACACUGGGAGACAUGAUUUACGUCUCUGGAGGCUUUGAUGGAAGCAGGCGUCAUACAAGUAUGGAGCGGUAUGACCCAAACAUUGAUCAGUGGAGCAUGCUGGGAGAUAUGCAGACAGCUCGAGAGGGUGCAGGACUAGUGGUGGCCAGCGGAAUAAUCUACUGUCUAGGAGGAUAUGAUGGCUUGAAUAUAUUAAAUUCAGUUGAGAAAUAUGAUCCCCAUACAGGACACUGGACUAAUGUUACACCCAUGGCCACCAAACGUUCUGGUGCUGGAGUAGCCCUGCUGAAUGACCAUAUUUAUGUGGUGGGGGGGUUUGAUGGUACAGCCCACCUUUCUUCUGUUGAAGCUUACAACAUUCGCACUGAUUCCUGGACAACUGUCACGAGUAUGACCACUCCACGAUGCUAUGUAGGAGCCACAGUGCUUCGGGGAAGACUUUAUGCAAUUGCAGGAUAUGAUGGGAAUUCUUUGCUGAGUAGCAUUGAGUGUUAUGACCCAAUCAUCGACAGCUGGGAAGUAGUGGCCUCCAUGGGAACCCAGCGUUGUGAUGCUGGCGUGUGUGUUCUCCGAGAAAAGUAACUUAUUUGAGCACCAGCUGGAGCUAAUGACUACUCCACGGAACAGAUUGUGGGAGAAUCAAGGAUCCUUUCCAGAAUGUUUAUUUCUCGCUGUGUGCACAGGCUGACUACAGGCACCAGUGCUGUGAUGAUUGUACUUACUUGAUACGCACUCUCCUUCACACGGGUCAUGCUGCUCAGAAGGGUGGGUGACAGGUACUCAAGGGAAGAGAGUGCAUGUGUGGAUGUGAGGGACCAGAUCAUCUCUCUCUGGUCUAAGAAGCACUUUUUUACAGCUUCUAACUUACAGUGUGCUUGGGAGAAUGUAUGUAUGUAUGUAUGUAUGUAUGUAUGUAUGUAUGUAUGUAUGCUGUGCUUCAUAUAUUGCAGAGAAUUAAGGUGAGUAUGGCCUGCUAAGUGUAGGCAGUGUCCAUCCUAGGUGACUGGAAGGAUAUCAGCUUACAUAAACUUGGUAAAAAUGAAAGUAAUUCCCCCCCACCGGAAACAAACGUAUCUUUUCUAAAAUACAAAAGUAGCUCCAGCCACCACAGUUCCUUUCUGAGGAAACCAAGAGAUCACUGUUAAAAUUUGAGAGGGCAAGAGGAGAGAGUCAUGCUACUCUCGCUUCGGGGACAUGGUUGGUGUCGCGAUUUGGAUUAAGUGGCAUGAGCUGAAUGGAAUGUGAGUGAACCCAGAUCACUGAAGUGUAAACUGGAAGGCUGGAGAGGACAUAUUAUUUGACCCCAUGGUCUUUCUUUUUUAUUAUUAUUUUAAAAAUUUAGGAGUGUAUUUCAGAGGCAAGGUUUAAAUCUGGUUACUGUGGUCACAGUAUUUGUUCCUGCAGUGCUAAGGACUGGAUCCACAGCUUGCACAUGUUAGGGCAGUGCUCUAUUGGGACCACACUCUGAAUCCACAUAAUGUAGUUGCUGAAAUAAAUGCAUAUUGCAGCAGACUGUAGCCCCAUAGUAGGGUCCUAAAGUCAGUUCCAGCAUUAACUAAGUCAAUCAAUAAAUAAAAUGUCAUUCGAACAUUAUACAGAUAUUUAUUAUAAACAUAAGUAAAAAGUCAAUGUAAAAUAUAAAUUUAUAUAAACUACAUUUUCUGAUUACGCUUCAUUGCUGUAAGUAAUUAGUAAAGUGAAGAAGCUAACAUAUUAGGCAUAUGGACAGCUUCAGACCUGCUGCAUAUGAGAAAACACCACAGGAAUCAUACAGCCCCCCCUUGCUCAGGAGCACUGUUUCUGUCCCGCUAGGUCAGUCUCAGAACAGAGGGCACAGAGCUGCCUUAGGACAGCAAAUGAAAGCAUCCUCCCCCAACUCAGACAGCUGUUCCAGUGAGGAUACAGAAGGGUCCUGGACUUUUAACACGUCAGGCAAUUGAGAAGUCUUCUCUUGAAUGCCUCACAGGUGUGAAAAACUUUAGUAGCUCUUUUUAAAUGUGAACUUUUUACCAUGUUGCAUCUUCUUCAAUCUUUGCAAGCAUGGUGUAGAAGAUACAUUAUAUCUAAUUAAGCAGCCUGCUGCAGUUUUUGAAUCAGGGGUUAUAAAAUGGUUGGUUGGAUCCUUUGUUUCUUGUCUUGGCUGUUUUCACAAACUUGAACAUUCCUCUGACACUCAUUUUCCGCUCCUGGAUCUCCUGGCUCUAGAGUGACACUUGUGUCUUCAAUUUUUACUUCCUGGCUAUGUCCCUUGGUUUCAUGAGCCUCCUCAGUAUUUUCUCCCAAAUUAACUUUUUCUUGACUCUUCAUUGUUAGAAUAUCUAUGAUUGUUUGGCGCAUCUCUUCAAUAGGCCGAGCCCCUGCCAGAAUGGCCUUCUCAUAGGACUCAAUAGGACUUGUGAUUGGCUCCAUAUGUACAAGACAUAUCCAAUACUUAACAAGUUUUUUGGUAUCUGGAAUAUUAUGAAUCAGGUCAUUCACUGUGCCUAAAAUUUCUUCUUUUGGCCACCCCUUCUUAUUAAUCAAGUUCAGGCAUUGAGAAAUUGUUUUGUUUACUUUUUCAGUAAAUAAUCCCUAUUCAUCUUCUUCUGCCCUGGUGUCCAAAAGGACUCGACUGGGUUUUUGUUUUGUCCUUGUGGCUCAGACUGAUUAGCUAUUAAGUUAGGAGGCCUUUUAGCCCUUUCCCUUUGCCAGUUCUCCACUCAGUCAUCCGAGCUUUUCUUUCUUCUGUGAUUUUUCUAUGGACAGCUGCUCCUGCUGUUGAGUGCCUGCGCUGGUCAAUAGCUUUCGACUUUUCUAUCAGUCUGGUAUUAGACAAAUUAGUCCUGGCUACACCUUCAGAUGCUAUGCUUCUUGAUGGUGCCUUAUCUCUCUUUGUGUCCUGAGGACGGUAUCAACAACAAGGAGAACCCAUUCUGAUCGCAGUGAGUCUUUUUUAAGGGGCCCUUUUCUGACUGUAACAUUGGCAAGGGUCCUGCCAGGGCCGUUUCCCAGCGCCCUGGGUAUUACUAUGGAGGCUUCUAACAGUGGUCGCACAAGGGUGUUCCUCGACAUAGUGCUCACAGAUUGAGUGUUUACAAACGUGGCGGCAGCAGUCACACUUGAGGCUCUUAUACUGACGGCGUUUCCAGGCACAGACCGAGCCUUUGAGGCUUUAGACACGGUAGCGGGAAGUUUUUUGGUUGUUGCAGGACUCUCUCCUUUGACAUUCAUGAGCUCUCUAAAUAAAUUAAUCUUAGACUGAACCAUCUGACGUGACAGUAGCCAAGUACUCGUUUUUUAGGCAUGUUAGCAUCCCAUUUGGGCUUCUCUGCAGUUGCUUGCACCUUUUUAUUGUCUUUAAGGUGAUACACCUGAUCUGAUAUCGUAGUCUGGGCUUGGACGCCUUGAAUAUUAUCCUUCAAGUCGUGUAUGUCUGACUGGUGACCUCAUGAGAUUUUAAUGGAAUGCAGUUCUUUUCAACUGUGUUGUCAAUAUUUUCAUCGGCCAUUUUGGUUCUGAGUUUCAGAACUUUCUUCCCUUCUUGGAUGUCAUCACUUGCUGAUCUCUGAAGGCCGGCUGGUCUCUGUCCGGGGCAGCUGCAGGUCCCGGGACACCGGCCUAGGAAGUGUUUCCUGGACUCUGCCAUCUCUUAAUGCAUGCGCCUCGGAUUGAAUCCCCAUGGUCUUUCUAAUGUAGAAUAUUGUACCAUGUUGGCACUGGAGACUAAGAGAUAACAGUGGAAGAAAAGUUAGAAUAAGGGAUGGGUGUAAAUGUGCAGCGUUCAAUCAACCUGUGGUAAACAGAAGUACCUGUGACUUUACAAUUGUCUUAGUCCCUACCAGGCUCAUGCCACCGUGGCAGUGUUUGUUUUUGAAUGGGUGAAAGACUAACUUCUGGUGACUCACGUGCUACUACAUUACUGCCCUUCCAUGCUAUUUAUUUGGGGAGGGGGUGGGGGUACCUGAUUAUUGCCCUGUUGUUCUAAGGGCACACUUCUCUGUGUGUGGUACAUUCAGUUCUUCUCCUGCUAUGUUCUCUUUACCUGUCUUCAGAGUGUGUUCUGUUCAUCCUGGAACAAAAUUAAUCAAGGGCAGCGGAACCUGAGCUGCCGCUCGAGGCUCCCUGUGUCUGCCAUAGGGUGAAAUUCUUACAUUACUACUAUAGCAAGUUUGGGAAGGUGAUAGCCUAAAUUGGGCUACAUUUUCCCUUUGCUCUGGAAUUCCACUUUUCCCUCCUUCCCCUAAUUGUGUUGACCUACAGAGUUAAUUUCCUUUGUAUUUUUUUAAGAAAAUAUUAAAAAUGGACUGUCUGAAA